AUGUCUGCCUACCAUAUGCGUCAUUGUGUGUUUUGGGAACAACUGCUGCUGGAGGAUAUUGCUUUUCCAGCUGGAUUUGCUUGGGGUGCAGCUACAGCAGCAUUUCAAAUUGAAGAAGGCUGGAAUACAGAUGGAAGGGGCCUUAAUGUCUGGGGCACAUUCACCCAUCAGGGAGGAGAUCGAGUUUUCAAGAACCAGACUGGUGAUGUAGCUUGUGGCAGCUACACUCUGUGGGAGGAAGAUUUGAAAUGUAUCAAACAGCUUGGAUUGACUCAUUAUCGCUUUUCUCUUUCCUGGUCACGUCUGUUACCUGAUGGGACGACAGGUUUCAUCAACCAGAAAGAAGAUGAAGGUGGUUGGAGAUCUAAAAUGAUCUUUCAGAGCUUUGAUAAUUUGGCAAAAUAUUGCUACAAGAGGCUAAGUGUCUCAAUGGCAUGUGUGGCUGAGCAAAUAACGGAUCCCUCUUGGUCUGUUGCAACUGGGAGUCUAUGGCUCGCUGAAGUACCAUGGGGUUUAUACUGACUUCUGUGUUAUAUCAAGGAUAUAUAUAAUAACCCUCUAAUUUACAUCACCGAGAAUGGGUUUUCCCAAAGUGACCCUGCUCUACUUGAUGACAGCCAACAAUGGGAGUAUUUCAGGUCGAAUUUACAGGAAAUUUUAUAA